UGAUGGUGAGCCUGAGAGCAGCCUGACUGCCCUACCGGGGAUGGAUUUAGAAGAAGCUUUUCAAGUUGUCGGCGAGUUUGGACCCUAUCAGAGGCGGGCGGUGGCUGUCCUUGUUCUGACACAGGUGUACAUGGCCUGUCAGUCCAUGCUGAUUGUUCUGGUUGGAUCUACACCCGAGUACCGGAUCGAGCAGCUGGACGCUGCCCCGUCCAGCCAGCAGGAGCUCCUCCAACGUGUCGUCUUUACAGAGGACCUCGACACCAUAGUGACUGAGUGGUUUCUCAUCAAGCAGCAGGCCUAUAAAGUCAGUCUAGCUGGAUCGCUGUUCUUCGCUGGGCUUCUGGUCGGGAACAUCGUCUUUGGGCCGCUCUCCGACAAGAUCGGCAGACGACCUGUCUACUUGACUGGUCUGUUUUUUGAGGUGCUCUUCGGUUACCUGACCGCCUUUGCGCCCAGCUAUGAAGUCUUCGCCGUGUCUCGUCUCCUGGUGGGGCUGAUGAACGGAGGCAUCGGCCUCGUCUGUUUCGUCCUCGCUCAGGAGUAUGUGGGCAAGUCCUACUGGGCCAUGACUGGGACGUUGAUCAGCAUGGCUUUCGCAGUCGGCAUCGCCCUGUUCGGAGCUCUGGGCUACUUCAUUCAGCCGUGGAGGAACCUGGCCACAGCGGCCAACUCGUCCGGCGUCCUGUUCUUCCUGCUGUCCGUCACUCUUCCAGAGUCUCCUCGUUGGCUGUAUUCUCAGGGCCGGACCGAGCAAGCCGAGGAGGUUCUGCGCUACAUGGCGCUGAGGAACGGCAGCGCUGCCAAGAACCUGAUGCUGCGACGUGUCGGUGCUGCUAAAGCCGAUAGCCAUGCCAACAGGGGAGUGGGGGUCCUGCAGCUGGUGAUCCACCCAGUCCUCCGUAUGAGAACCAUGGUGCUCAUGUAUGUCUGGUAUGCGUGCAGUCUGGUGUACUACGGUCUGACUCUGGGGGCCGGUCAGACGUCUGGUAGCCGUUAUGUGAACGUAGCCAUGUACGGCCUGGUGGAGCUGCCCGCCUACCCGCUCUGCAUCUACUUCAUCAACAAACACUGGGCCGGGAGGAGGAAAAGCAUGGCCAGUUUCCUGUGUUUGGCCGGUUCUGCCUGCCUCUGCACCACGCUGAUCCCUGAAAACGCAGGAGCUUUGCUGAGCGUUACAACGUUGGCGCUUCUUGGAAAGCUGAUGGUCAGUGCAGCAUUUAACAUCGCCUACGUCUACACCUCCGAACUCUACCCGACAGUCAUCAGGAACGCCGGUUUGGGGGUCUGUUCCAUGUCUUGCAGAGUUGGAGGAAUUCUUGCACCAUUUGUUCCUUCAAUGCGGGCUCUGCACGCCUCCAUGCCCUUCACUGUGUUCUGUGUGAGCGGCCUGUCUGCGGGCUGUCUGGGCCUCCUGCUGCCUGAAACCCUCAACGGACCUGCAGCAGAAACUCUGGAGGAGCUCAGCGUCCCGAGCCACGGCCGAGUGCUGGAGAGCAAGGCUCUGCUGUAUGAAGAUGAAGAAUGGAAAUCGAGCCACAAAUGAAGCCAGCGGCCUCGUCUUCAUCAGCGGGACAGAUUGUCCACGCCUCGCUCUUCGUGGAACUGCUGCUUCAAAACGGUGAACUGUCCCUUUAAUUUCCUUGAAGGACUGGUCACUUUUAUUCUUGGUGAACGAUGACAUUUGAAAUGGGGCAGCGGUGUGGAUGCCGACCAACGCUCCGCCUUCAGGGAGGAGGCGUUCUCCACCGACUCGAAGGCUCCUCCUGAAGCCAGACGGUCGGUCGCUGCCUUUAAUUUAAUUUCCUGAAUGUGGUCGUGGUGUUUGUGCCUUAUUUGGAAGCAACAUCUGGGAGAGACGGCGAAGACACGACAGGACAGAGAUGUGACUGACAUUCCACUCCAGAGACGCUGGGACUGAACAGUUCGCUUUCCCAGCAGCACAACAGGACGGCGUUCACCUGCGUACGAGAUGAUGGUGCAGCACACGUAGUUUAAUGCAUCGAUGCUCAGCCAGCAGAUUUGACCAUUAGCUCCGUUUAUUCAGUUUAACUCCAUGCUGAACUCCUGUAUCAUUAUUUAUUAUUACAUUUAAUUUCCAUCCUGUACAAGUGUUAGCAUGCAGUGCUGUAAGUGCCCAGAGGCAAGCCAGUAAUUGGGUGUAACUGUAUCUGUUGUCAUGGGAACAGGAGAUGAAGCUCUUGCAGUGUUUUUCCAAACAUGAACGAGAACACGUUGAGGUCAGAAUUCAACCUUCUAGCUGGGUUUAUUUCUGUGUCUGAGCCUGUGAAAGGUGACGGACAUGUUCACACCUGUGACACUACAGCUGGACGCCAUGCUCCUUCACCUGCUGACCCGUUAGGACGCCAUCAUACAGGUGAAUGGGUCUAAACUCAUUUUAUCAAUCUCAUGGAGGUCAGAGAACCGAACUGUGUCCCAGUGUUCAUCAUCAUUAUCAUCAGCUGCUUUCGAAGAUCUUGUUAUUCCAGCUGCUCAUAUUUCACGACGCACCGUGACCAUGAGUCGUCCUCGGGAUGUCAGCGAUGGCUGAACUUCUGACGAGCCUCGAUUGGGGUUAAAGCUCUGUACACACCUCUCUGAAACUGAACCAUGCUGACAAAAACCACAGCACCAGAAAGUCUAAUUAAAACAAGAAAUGAAUUCACUCUUCAUCAAACAUCAUGAAACGCACAGAAAGUCAGCAGCUACUUCAUCAGAUAUUUGAUAAAAAAGUCAAACAUCAUUCAUCACAUCCUGGAGUAUUACAGCGUGAGGGUCAGUCAGGUAGUCGUCAUUUAUCCACUGUGAAGAAAUCAAGGUCUGCGUGUCUGUCUUUGUCUGUUUUUAUGGUGCAGCUGGAUGAAAACGCUCAGUUUAAGUCAAAGAGUGUUAAAGCUGCACACAGUUUGGACCGCAGAGCGCACGGUGCUGUAACUGUAAGCCGAACGUGCGCUCACUUAAAACAACCAGCAGGGUUUCAGGAUGUUUCCAGAACAUUUACUCGGCUCUCAUCAGGCUCACGAAAUGAUACAAACCAGUGCAUUCAAUAAGCUAGAGGACACUAAUUGAUGCGGGACCAUUGUGUGUAAAACAGCUUUACUUUAGAGAAAAAUGGUGAUCAAUCAGUAAUCAAUCAAGCGCCACUCUUCAGAAACUUUCCUGUGCCUUUAGCUCUGACGUCAAGAUUUCAGAUGUCAAGUGUUGAAAUAUAUUAUUAGACAUUUGUAAGAUGUAAUUAAAGUUAUUAAGAUAUUAGACGACAUGUUUUCUGAGAUGUUUUAUAUGCCAGCAUUUUGUACAGUGUAUACAAUCACCUUUUACAGUGUGCCAUGCAGAUAUACUGUGUCUAAAGCUGCUGCAAAUGUUCAAUGAUCUCUUUCUGUCAGAGGCAGUAAACAGUUCCUACAGUCAACCCAGUUUUCACACGUCUGGUUUUGUUCACCUCCAAGUCCGAGGCCAUGGUUCUCGACCAGAAAAGGGUGGCUUGCCCCCUCUG